UUACCACGCACUUGCAUGACGGACACACUCCUUCGCUAGGAAAAGAACAAACUUUAUCAAAUCGCACAAUUUCAAGGUUUUGGAGCCCUGAGCAGCCAAGAUGAUGCACUGUCUCCAGUUCCUCGUUGAACCUGCUAAGAAUAUUACAGUCAAGUUUAAGGAAUCUCGUAAGAGGGCUAAAAAUGAGAAGAGAGAGCCGUUGGAUGAGAGUCAGCUUUUUAUUGUGGCUCUGGCCAAGGAGCUGAGCAGAGUGUGCCAGAGAUCUGAAGUGCUGCAGCACAUUGUGAACUGUGAGGACGUGUGGCCCACCCUGGCCUGCCGAGCCUUCAUCCUGGAAUGGGCAUCCAUGUUGGACAGCAAGAAAAGGCCCAUGCAGACCGAUGGUUGGCCGGAGCAGGCUGACUGGAGGGAACUGGCCCUGAGCAGUGAACAGGACAUAGAGAGCGCUAAGAGACUCAUCCUCUCUUGGACCAAAGAGCUGAAGACCCAACCUGAGCAGAGUGUGUGGCCCGGAGAGGCUGUGGUUGUCGUUCUGGACGACCUUGAGCGCCACUGGCGUAAAGGUCGCAUGCCUAAUCUCCAGUCUGCCAUGGAGCUGGUCUUCUGGACCCUAAUGACCAAAGAACCGGACCAGGAAUCUAUCCCCCGCCAGUGGCUCAUCUGGAAGCAGAGAAGCCAUAAAAUAGGUGCUGUUCACUAUAUCCCUCACACAGUGUGGGACUGGAUUUGUGAUGCAGCAGUGGAGGUGACCCUCGACCUGGACACGGCUAAUCCGGACCUGCUGAUCUCGGACGACGAGAAACGCAUGCGCUGCGGCUUCGAACGGAAAGACGUGCCCAACUACCACCAGCGUUUCGACGGGUGGUGGUGCGCCGUGGGACAGCAGGGCUUCGCCUCCGGCAGGCAGUACUGGGAGGUGGAUGUCGGCGAGAUGGACUGGCGCGUAGGCGUGGCCAAAGAAUCCGCCCUGCGGAAGGGUUUCAAGUCCCUGAACACGGACACCGGCUACCUGACCCUCCGCCUGGAGAGAGGCACCGAGCUGAAGGCCCUGACCGUUCCCUUCACCGCCCUGCCGGCCAACCUCAUCCCCCGCAAAGUGGGCGUCUACCUGGACUACGACGAAGGCCAGCUCUCCUUCUACGACGUGGAGAAUCGCUCUCACAUCUACACUUACAACGAGCGUUUUGCCGAGAAGCUUUUCCCGCUGUUCGGCACUGUGGAGAUCAUAAAAGAUCUGGUGAUUCGGUCUCCGGGAGACAAGAGCCACUGUCUGUGCCAGGGGAUGUGUCUGUGGGGAUGAGCACCGAUAUCUCACACUCUAAACCUCAUCAAUGCCAGGCCCAGUGUGUAAUCUACUCACCACUUCAAAUCAGCAUCAUCUAAAACUAACUGGGUAUCUGGAGUCACCUCGUAGAGAGAGAGAGAGAAAUUCUUAUUAGCUGUAAAGACCAAGUGUACAAUCAUCUGUGGUGUUCAGUCUGUUAUUUCUGCCGUCUCUACUGUUCUUUACUUGAUUCUAGCUGUCCGCACCUUAAUAGAAAAUGCAAUGUGCAUUUGUGUGUGUGAGUGUGUGUGUGCGUGUGUGUGUGUGUGGGUGGAUGGGGUAAUGAGUGUCUGCACCCAUUCUGCAUUUUCAUAAAACUGACAGAUGAGUAUUGUUCAGCUAUUAACAGCUUAUUGACGUAAUUAAUCCUGC